AUUCUCUGGGCGCAUCUUCCCCGAUAAUGACCGAGGCAUCCCACCUCGCAAUCUCCCUGUUUUGUCGCAGGUUGAGCUUAUCGACCAUGAUACUCCUAGUUGCUCCGCCGAAUACCCUACUAACUAGUACUAAGCAGCCUUCAUUAAGACUAACAAGCCGUUCCCCUCAUUGCCCUCUCUUCACAUCAUACUCCCUUGGGAACUAACACUAACAUUUUUUGCAAACAAUUAAUAAAAAUGCCUACCGAAACGUUCAACUAUGGCGAAGACCACGCCCUCCAAACAGUGACAGUGACCACCUUAUCAGAGACGCUCGACAAUAAAUACUGGAUAAUCUUAAUCCACGGCGGCGCCUGGCGCGAUCCAAACAUAGACGCCAUAAACUUCGCCAACCCGGCCAUAUCCACCCUCACCAGCUCCUCGGAAUACUCUCACGUCCUCCCGCACAUCACUGCAUUCGCAUCUAUUUCCUACCGUCUAAGCCCCCAUCCGGACCACCCCCAGGACCAGUCGAGCACCAACUCCCGCGAAUACCGCGGCUCCAAACACCCCGAGCAUAUCAAUGACGUGCAAGCGGCCAUAGCCUUCCUGCAACGCAAGUAUGGGUUCGAAGACCGGUAUAUACUCGUCGGCCACAGCUGUGGCGCUACGCUGGCGUUCCAGUCGGUGAUGGGCCGGUUUAAUGCUGGCAUAUCGCACGGUCCGCUGUCUGUGGUCGGUUUGGCUGGGAUAUAUGAUCUGAAGUUACUCCGGGAUACCCACAAGGAGAUCCCGGCGUAUCAGCAGAUCGUGGAGGGGGCUUUUGGGGCCGAUGAGGCUGCAUGGGAUGCUGUGUCUCCCGCCGUGGUCAAAGGGGCUGAUGGUGUUGAGGGUGGGUGGACGGCUGGGCGGUGGGCGAUUCUGGCGUACUUGUCUAAGGAUUCGCUUGUGGAUUUCCCGCAGCAGGAGGCUAUGGAUGCUACCCUUCGAGCUGGGUGGCGCGAUGUGCAGGCUGAGGAAAAUCCGAGGUCUGUUGCGCUGCUGCCCCUAGAAGGUGAGCACGAUGAAUGCUGGGAGAAGGGAGCAGGACUCGCGGAGGCUAUUGCUUUUGCGAUUGAGAAGCACUUGGGAGGUAGCCUAUGAAGAGCCUGAAGAGUCUUAAUCACCUGUUUAACGGAGGUUUCCGUUUAUAAUGGUUCGACCUCCAAUGGACUCCUACAAAAA